AUGCCCGUCCAGAAGCAGGAAGUCGGCUGCAACUUCACAUCAAUCACCAGUAUUGGGAUGCCCCACUUAGGGGUAUUUAGGCCCUCUCAUACCAUGUCACCUAGGGGAUGUGGAGGUGGGCAGUUUCGCUGUGGAAAUGGUCGCUGUAUUCCUGCAGACUGGAGAUGUGAUGGGGCUAGAGAUUGCUCAGAUGAUACAGAUGAAGCUGGUUGUCCUCAGCCGACUUGUGAGGGCAAUCAGUUCCAGUGUCAGACUGAUGGUGAAUGUAUCCCACGUUCUUGGGUAUGUGAUGAUGAGGAAGAUUGUGAAGAUGGAUCAGAUGAACAUCAACAAUGUCCGGGACGGACGUGCUCAAGUCAGCAGUUUACUUGUUCAAAUGGACAGUGUAUCCCAAGUACAUACAGGUGUGAUCGAGUAAAGGACUGCACUGAUGGAACAGAUGAAAGAGACUGCCGCUACCCAAGAUGUGAACAGUUAUCCUGUGCAAAUGGAGCAUGUUUUAAUGCAAGUCAACGAUGUGAUGGCAAAGUUGAUUGCAGAGAUACUUCUGAUGAAGCUAAUUGCACGCAUGGAUGCAUCAGUACACAGUUUCAGUGUGCUAAUGGAGAAUGUAUCCCACAGGCCUUUAUGUGUGACCAUGAUGAUGACUGUGGAGACAGGAGUGAUGAAAACUCUUGCACUUAUGCAACUUGUAGAGGCAACUUCUUCACUUGUCCAAGUGGCCGCUGCAUUCAUCAGAGCUGGAUAUGUGAUGGAGAUGAUGACUGUGAAGAUAAUGAAGAUGAAAGGGGAUGUGAAAGUAAUUAUCAUGAAUGCUACCCAGGAGAUUGGGCCUGCCCUGAGUCAGGACAUUGCAUUCCAAUUGGGAAAGUGUGUGAUGGAACUGCAGACUGCCCUGCAGGAGAAGAUGAAACAAACAUCACGGCAGGCAGACAUUGCAACAUAUCUCAAUGUGCUGCACUGAGCUGCCAGUAUCGCUGUCAUUCUUCUCCUUCAGGAGGGAUGUGUUACUGCCCUGCGGGAUAUACAAUAAGUAGUAAUGACAGUCGUACUUGUAUUGAUUUUGAUGACUGCAAAAUGUGGGGUGUCUGUGACCAGCUGUGUGAAGAUCGUGUGGGACAUCACCAGUGCCAUUGCGUGGAAGGUUAUUUUCUAGAGCAUCAUCGACACUGUAGAGCCAACACUUCAGCUGGUGUUGCAUCAAAUUUUUCCAAUGGCCGUGAUUUACUGAUUGGAGAUCUUCAUGGAAGAAACUUUCGUACUCUGGUACAGUCGCAGAAUCGUGGAGUUGCAGUUGGUGUGGACUUCCACUUUUACCUGCAUAGGAUCUUUUGGACUGAUACAGUGCAAGAUAAGGUUUUUUCUAUUACUAUUGAUGGCUCUGAUUUCCAAGAAGUUUUAAAUGUUUCAGUUGACACUCCUGAAAAUCUAGCAGUGGAUUGGAUUAACAAUAAACUCUAUGUGGUUGAGACUAGUGUGGACAGAAUAGAUAUGGUUAACUUGGACGGAACAAACCGUGUCACUCUUAUUGCCGAAAAUCUCGGAAAUCCUAGAGGAAUAGCACUCGAUCCAACUGUUGGUUACUUAUUUUUCUCUGACUGGGAUAGUCUGUCUGGUGAUCCUAAAGUGGAAAGAGCCUUCAUGGAUGGCACAAACCGUCAGGAUUUGGUAAAAACAAAAUUAGGCUGGCCUGCUGGAAUAACUCUGGAUAUUGUAUCAAAAAGGCUAUAUUGGGUUGACAGCCGAUUUGAUUACAUUGAGACUGUAACUUACGAUGGGCUUCAAAGGAGAACAAUAGCUCAUGGAGGCUCGCUAAUUCCUCAUCCAUAUGGAAUUACUUUAUUUGAACACAAUGUGUAUUUCACUGAUUGGACAAAAAUGGCAGUGGUGAAAGCUAAUAAGUUUUCAGAAUCAAACCCCCAAGUGAUCUACCAGUCUUCACUGAGACCGUAUGGAGUGACAGUUUAUCAUGCUGCCAGACAGCCAUAUGUGAGAAAUCCUUGUGGAAAUAACAAUGGAGGAUGUGAACAGAUCUGUGUUCUCAGUCACAAAACAGAUAAUGAUGGACUAGGUUAUCGCUGUAGAUGUAUACUGGGCUUUGAUCUACACAUAGAUGGACGGCAUUGUGUUGCUGUGCAGCAGUUUCUGCUAUUUUCAUCCCAGCUAGCAGUGCGGGGAAUCCCAUUCAAUCUUUCUACCCAAGAAGAUGUGAUCAUACCUGUAACAGGAAGCCCUUCGUAUUUUGUUGGAAUUGACUUCUGGGCUCAAGAAGACACCAUUUUUUUUUCAGACACAAGUAGAGACAUGAUCUAUAAACAGAAAACUGAUGGUUCAGGAAGAGAAAUUCUGACAGCUAAUAGAGUGGAAAGUGUUGAAGACUUGGCCUUUGACUGGAUCUCGAAGAAUCUAUACUGGACAGACCCUCGAUACAGAAGCAUAAGUGUAAUGAGACUUGCAGAUAAAUCUAGAAGAGCUAUUGUUCAGAAUUUAAAUAAUCCUCGAUCAAUAGUGGUUCAUCCUGUCAUUGGGUAUAUAUUCUGGACAGAUUGGUUCCGUCCUGCUAAAAUUAUGAGGGCCUGGAGUGAUGGAUCACAUGGCUUACCAAUUGUGAAUACAACUCUAGGCUGGCCUAAUGGCUUAGCCAUUGACUGGAGUUCUCUAAGGCUGUAUUGGGUGGAUGCCUUUUUUGAUAAAAUUGAGCAUAGCACCUUUGAUGGACUGGACAGACGAACUCUUGAACGUAUUGCUCAGAUGACUCACCCAUUUGGCCUUACUAUUUUUGGAGGUUAUGCCUAUUUCACUGACUGGAGACUUGGUGGAAUAGUUCGAGUGAGAAAGUCUGAUGGAGGAGAAAUGACUAUUAUUAGGAGGGGCAUUAGUAACAUUAUGCAUGUUAAAGCAUAUGAUGCACAUUCCCAAAUAGGCUCUAACUACUGUAACAGAGGAACAAAUCCCAAUGGAGAUUGCAGCCAUUUCUGCUUCCCAGUACCAAAUUUUCAGAGAGUUUGUGGUUGUCCAUAUGGCAUGAAGCUGGCUUCAAAUCAACUGACAUGUGUUGAAGAUCCAUCCAAUGAGCCACCAACUCUGCAGUGUGGCUCAUACUCGUUUUCCUGCAACAAUGGAAGAUGUGUACCUCGAUACUAUCAGUGUGAUGGCAUUGAUGAUUGCCAUGAUAACAGUGAUGAGCAAAAUUGUGGUUCUUUAAACAAUACUUGUUCCUCAUCAGCUUUCACCUGUGCCAGUGGACAGUGUAUUCCAAGUCGCUGGCGUUGUGAUAAACAUAAUGACUGUUUUGAUGGCAGCGAUGAAUUGCGUUGUCCCACACAAGGACCCACAUCAUGCCCUGAAACCCUGUUUACAUGUGACAAUAAUAGAUGUAUUCCUAGGAUCUGGCUAUGUGAUACCGAUAACGACUGUGGUGAUGGGUCAGAUGAAAAGAAUUGCACUUUCACAGGUACUUGUGAACCCAGGCAGUUUCAGUGUCCAGACCAUCGCUGUAUUGACCCAUAUUAUGUCUGUGAUGGGGACAAAGACUGUGUAGAUGGUGCUGAUGAGCAUGACUGCAUAUACAAUUGCAGUGGCACAGAGUUCAAAUGUGUAAGUGGAGACCAGUGUAUCAGUUCUUACUACCGAUGUGAUGGUGUUUUUGACUGUAAUGAUCACUCAGAUGAGACCGAUUGCCCUACAAGACCACCAGGAAUGUGCCACCAGGGUGAAUUCCAGUGCCAAUCAGAUGGCAAUUGUGUUCCUGCUAACUGGGAAUGUGAUGGCCAUAUUGACUGUGCAGAUGGCUCAGAUGAACAUCACAGAUGUCCUGCCAGGACCUGUCCUCCAUCCCUUUUCCGCUGUGACAAUGGCAAUUGUGUCUACCGAGCAUGGAUCUGUGAUGGUGAUAAUGACUGCAGGGAUAUGAGUGAUGAGAGAGAUUGUCCCACGCAACCCUUCCGAUGUCCCAGCUGGCAGUGGCAAUGUCCGGGCCAUAGUAUCUGUGUGAAUCUGAGCAAAGUUUGUGAUAACUCUGCUGAUUGUCCUAAUGGAGCAGAUGAAUCCCCACUGUGCAAUGAACCCCAGCCAGAUCAGGAGAGCUGCUCUGAUAAUAAUGCAGGCUGCACUCAUGAAUGUAUUCAAGGACCCUUUGGAGCUCAGUGUACUUGUCCUGUUGGAUACCAGCUCGCAAAUGAUUCUAAGACCUGUGAAGAUAUUAAUGAAUGUGACCCUCCAGGCUUUUGUAGUCAGCACUGUUACAAUGAGAGAGGAUCUUUUCGAUGUUACUGUGAUGAAGGGUACAUUCUGGAAACCAAUGGGAGGACUUGUAAAGUGGCAGAGUCUGGGAAUCUUAUUUUGCUGGUGGCAAGUCGUAACCAAAUUGUUGUGGAUAACAUCACCUCUCAGUCACACAGUAUCUAUUCUCUUAUUAGGGAUGGGAGGAAUAUUGUGGCUAUUGAUUUUGAUUCAAUCUCAGAUCGUAUCUUUUGGUCUGAUACUACACAGGACAAAAUUUGGAGUGCUUACCAAAAUGGGACUGACCGAAAAAUAGUGUUUGACAGCGGUGUCACCGUGACUGAAAGUAUAGCGGUAGAUUGGGUAGGACGCAAUCUUUACUGGACAGACUUUGUUCUGGAAACAAUUGAAGUCUCUAAAAUGGAUGGGAGCCACAGGACUGUGCUGAUUAGUGAAAAUGUAACAAACCCAAGGGGACUAGUGUUAGAUCCCAGAAUUGAUGCUCAUGUGAUGUUCUGGACUGACUGGGGCCAAAGCCCCCGCAUUGAAAAAGCCAGUAUGGAUGGCAAAUUUCGAACAGUGAUUAUUAACAGUAAAAUCUACUGGCCCAAUGGACUCUGCAUUGACUACCCAAAUAAACUUCUUUAUUUUGCUGAUGCUUAUCUUGAUUAUAUUGACUUUUGCGAUUACAAUGGGAACAACAGACGGCAGGUGGUUGCAAGUGAUUUGAUUUUGCAACAUCCUCAUGCUCUAACUAUCUUCGAAGAUUUUGUCUACUGGAGUGACCGGUAUACUAACCGAGUAAUUAGGGCCAAUAAAUGGCAUGGAGGAAACCAAACAGUUAUGAUUUAUAACAUUCACCAGCCUUUGGGGCUUGUGGCAGUUCAUCCUGUAAAGCAACCUCAUGGUGUCAAUUCCUGUGCGUCGUCACCCUGUAGCCACCUCUGCUUGCUUUCAUCGUCUGGACCACUUUUUUUUUCCUGUGCUUGUCCUUCUGGAUGGAUGCUUUCUCCUGACAACAGGAACUGCAUGCGAGUUGAACACCCUUUCCUCAUUGCUGUCAGAGAUAAUAUAAUUUAUGGAAUUUCUCUGAACCCUGAGGAGAAGACCAAUGAUGCUAUGGUUCCAAUAGCAGGAGUUCAAAAUGGUGUUGAUGUUGACUUUGAUGACUCAGAACAGAUGAUCUAUUGGGUUGAAAAUCCAGGUGAAAUUCACAGAGUGAGGUCAGAUGGAUCUAACAGGACGGUUUUUGCUCCAGCAGCUGUUAUUGGUGCUCCUAUUGGCCUAGCACUGGACUGGAUAUCUGCAAACCUUUACUACAGUAACCCAGGAACACAGUCAAUUGAGGUCCUGAAGCUGCACGGUGAAGUAAUGUACAGAAAAACUCUGAUUACCAACGAUGGUACCUCUCUGGGAGCUGGCACCCCAAUUGGUUUGACAGUUGAUCCAGCAAGGGGGAAGCUGUACUGGACAGACCAGGGAACUGACAGUGGAGUUCCAGCAAAGGUUGCCAGUGCAAACAUGGAUGGAUCAGGUAUUCAAAUCCUCUUCACUGGCAACCUGGAUCAUGUAGAGUUCAUUACCAUUGAUAUUAAAGAACAAAAGUUGUACUGGGCUGUCACAAGCACAGGUGUGAUUGAGAAAGGCAAUGUGGAUGGUACAAAUCGUGUGACUCUCGUGGUUCAUCUUUCUCAUCCAUGGGGAAUUGCAGUGUAUGAUACCUUUCUAUACUAUACCGAUCGAGAUUAUGAAGUUAUUGAACGAGUUGACAAGUUUACUGGAGCAAACAAAGUAGUACUGAGAGACAAUGUCCCAAGACUGAAGUGCCUACGAGUGUAUUAUAGAGAUAACUCUGCUGGUUCCUCAAAUGGCUGCAGUAAUAAUAUUGGAGUUUGUCAACAACUUUGCUUGCCUGUACCUGGUGGAUUAUUCUCCUGUGCAUGUGCUACUGGCUUUCAGCUAAAUCCUGAUAACAGAACCUGUUCUCCAUACAAUUCAUUUGUAAUUGUUUCUAUGCUUUCUGCAAUUAAAGGAUUUAGUUUAGAGACGUCUGAUCACUCUGAAGCCAUGGUACCGCUAGCAGGAAGAGGACGGAAUGUGCUUCAUGUGGAUGUUCACAUGCCUUCUGGUUUCAUUUACUGGUGUGACUUCAGUAGCACAGUUUCUUCUCAGAAUGCAAUACGUAAAAUUAAGCCUGAUGGUUCUUAUUUUAGAAAUGUUGUUACAAAUGGAAUAGGACGAAAUGGAAUCCGUGGCAUUGCAAUUGACUGGGUAGCAGGAAAUCUUUAUUUUACAAAUGCAUUCCUGACAGAGACUUUUAUAGAAGUUUUACGUUUAAACACAACUUAUCGCCGUGUUCUGCUUAAAACUAUCAUAGAUAUGCCAAGGCACAUAGUAGUAGAUCCAAAAAACAGAUAUUUGUUCUGGGCAGAUUAUGGGCAAAAUCCGAAGAUUGAACGUGCAUUUCUGGACUGUACCAACAGAACAGUUCUGGUAUCUGAGGGCAUUGUCACACCUCGUGGGUUGGCCAUAGAUCACAGCAAUGGCAACAUUUACUGGGUAGAUGAUUCCUUAGACAUGAUUGCAAGAAUUCAACCUGAUGGUGGUGAUGUUGAAAUUGUGCGUUAUGGCAGUCGCUAUCCAACUCCAUAUGGUAUCACUGUCUUUGGGAAUUCAAUGAUCUGGGUGGAUCGGAACCUGAAAAAAGUGUUUCAAGCCAGCAAGGAGCCAGGCAAUACUGAUCAACCAACAGUAAUACGAGACAAUAUUAAUUGGCUAAGGGAUGUUACCAUUUACGACAGUCAUUUUCAGUCACGUUCACCCCUUGAUGUAAACAACAAUCCUUGUUUGGACAGUAAUGGAGGCUGUUCCCAUCUGUGUUUUGCCCUGCCUGAUACGCAGACACCCAAAUGUGGUUGUGCCUUUGGCAUGCUGGACAGUGAUGGCAAGAGAUGUACCAUUUCAACAGAUGAUUACUUGAUUUUUGCCCUUGAGAAUGCCCUCAGAAGUAUUCACCUGGAUCCUGAAAAUCACAGUCCUCCCUUCCGUGCAGUCAAUGUGUUAAGAACUGCAGUGGCCCUGGAUUUUGACAGCAUAAACAACCGAAUAUAUUUUACACAAAGUUAUCCUUCAGGGGCUGGAAGAAUCAGUUAUAUUAGUAUUUACUCAGGAAUUGGAACUCCAGUAGUAGUUGCAUCUGACCUGGGAACUCCAGAUGGCAUAGCUUUUGACUGGAUCAACAACAGAGUUUACUACAGUGACUACCUCAAUCAGACUAUCAGUUCAGUGGCUGUGGAUGGCUCUAACCGCACCGUGAUUGCCAGGGUCCCGCGACCAAGAGCUGUAGUAUUAGAUCCCUGCAGAGGGUAUAUGUACUGGACUGACUGGAGCUCCAAUGCAAAGAUAGAACGAGCUACACUUGGAGGAAACUUCAGAACACCUAUUGUAAGCACCAAUCUGGUAUGGCCAAAUGGGCUUACCCUGGACUAUGAAGAACAGCAGCUAUACUGGGCUGAUGCAAAUCUGCAAAAAAUUGAGCGAUGCACUCUAACUGGUACAAACCGUGAGGUAAUUGUUAGUACUGCUCUGCAUCCAUUUGCAAUGACAUUGUUUGAUCAGCAUAUAUACUGGACAGAUUGGAACACACGAAGCAUUUACCGAGCUAAUAAAUAUGAUGGUUCAGAUCAAAUUGUAAUGAUCAUGAAUCUUCCACAAAGACCAAUGGAUAUUCAUGUCUGGGCAAAAAGUAAGCAGCAGCAGUGUACCAACCCUUGUAACCAGUUCAAUGGUGGUUGCAGUCACAUUUGUGCACCAGGUCCAGCUGGUGCGGAAUGUCAGUGCCCAUCUGAAGGUCGCUGGUAUUUAGCCAAUAAUAACAAGCACUGCAUUGUGGAUAAUGGUACCAGGUGUGACACUGGUUUCUUCACCUGCCUGAAUGGACACUGCAUCUCAGAGAGAUGGAAAUGCGACAACGACAAUGACUGUGGUGACGGCAGUGAUGAGUUGGAGAGUGUGUGUGCUUUCCAUACUUGUCAGCCAACAGCUUUUACCUGUGGUAAUGGGCGAUGUGUGCCCUAUCAUUACCGCUGUGAUCACUACAACGACUGUGGAGACAAUAGCGAUGAGGCUGGCUGCUUAUUCCGAACUUGUGACUCCCACACAGAAUUUACUUGCAAUAAUGGAAGAUGUAUAUCUCUUCAGUACGUCUGCAAUGGAGUAAAUAAUUGUUACGAUAAUGGCACAUCAGAUGAGAGAAAUUGCCCGGAUCGCACCUGCCAGUCUGGUUUUACCAAAUGUCAAAGCACAAACAUCUGCAUUCCUCGAACGUAUUUGUGUGAUGGUGAUAAUGACUGUGGAGAUAUGAGUGAUGAGAGCCCUACUCACUGUGUCUCAAUGACUUGCACAAACAAUGAGUUUCGUUGUACAUCAGGACGCUGUAUUCCUGCUCAUUGGUACUGUGAUCAAGGAAUAGACUGUGCUGAUGGCUCUGAUGAACCUGCCUCUUGUGAGCCUCACGUGCGGACUUGUUCAAGUGACCAAUUCAGAUGUGAUGAUGGCAGAUGUAUCCCAGCAACAUGGAUCUGUGAUGGUGAUAAUGACUGUGGGGAUAUGAGUGAUGAGGAUCAAAGACACAGUUGUGCAAACCGCAGCUGCACAGCUGCAGAGUUCACAUGUGCCAACAAUCGCCCCCCGCUCAGGAGGUGCAUUCCUCGGGCAUGGAUCUGUGAUGGUGAUGCUGACUGCAGUGAUGCACUUGAUGAACACCAGAACUGCACACGAAGAUCUUGCACAGAGAAUGAAUUUACUUGUAAUAAUGGCUUGUGUAUCCGAAGCGCGUACAGGUGUGACAGACGGAAUGACUGUGGUGAUGCCAGCGAUGAAAGGGGUUGCACCUAUGAACCAUGUCAGCAGCACCAGUUUACUUGUCAAAAUGGACGCUGCAUUGCUAAGGCCUACAUUUGUGAUGGAGAUAAUGAUUGUGGUGAUGAGUCUGACGAGCUGGAACACCUCUGUAGUACACCAGAAGCAACGUGCUCUCCCCAUCAUUUUAAAUGUGACAAUGGAAACUGCAUUGAAAUGGCUAAAGUCUGCAAUCGGUUGGAUGAUUGCUUAGAUAAUAGUGAUGAAAAAGGAUGUGGUAUAAAUGAAUGCAGUGACCCUUCAAUCAGUGGAUGUGAUCAUGACUGCAUGGACACCCAAACAAGUUUCUACUGUUCUUGUCAUCCUGGAUACAAACUUAUGUCAGAUAAACGAACUUGUGAUGAUAUUGAUGAGUGCAAUGAAACUCCAUCAGUAUGUAGCCAGAUUUGUGAGAACACAGCUGGCUCCUACAUCUGUAAGUGUGCCCCAGGCUAUAUCCGGGAGCCUGAUGGAAAAAGUUGCCGACAAAAUAGUAAUAUCUCCCCAUACCUUAUUUUUAGCAACCGUUACUAUCUGAGAAAUCUCACAGCAGAUGGCCAGUCUUACUCUCUCAUUUUGCAAGGACUGAGAAAUGUGGUGGCACUGGACUUUGACAGGGUGGAAAAAAGGUUGUACUGGAUUGAUGUGGGGAGGAAGGUCAUUGAACGAAUGUUCCUAAAUGGAACAAAUAAGGAGGCUGUGAUAAGUGAUGAUGUGCCGAAUGGGGAAGGUAUCGCUGUUGACUGGGUUGGCAGAAAAUUGUACUGGGUGGAUGCCUACAAAGAUUGCCUCUAUGUCUCUGAACUUGAUGGAAGAUUCCAGAAAAAACUGGUGGAUCGAUGUGUGGAUGUCAACAAUACUUACUGCUUUCAGCAUCCCAGAGCAAUUGUUGUUCAUCCAAAAUACGGACAGGUUUACUGGACAGACUGGGCAGAUCGAGCCUAUAUUGGACGAGCAGGCAUGGAUGGCAAGGACAAGAUGGUGAUUAUCUCUACAAAGUUAGAGUGGCCCAAUGGACUCACCAUAGAUUACACCAACGACAAGCUCUACUGGGCAGAUGCCCAUCUAAAUUACAUUGAGUACUCUGACCUGGAUGGACAUCAUCGUCAUACCGUGUAUGAUGGGACAUUGCCUCACCCUUUUGCAAUAACCAUUUUUGAAGACACAAUAUAUUGGACUGAUUGGAACACAAGAACUGUUGAAAAGGGAAAUAAAUAUGAUGGAUCAGACAGGACUGUUCUUGUGAACACCACGCAUAGACCAUUUGACAUCCAUGUUUACCAUCCAUACAGACAACCUUUUGUUAAUAAUCCUUGUGGCACCAACAAUGGUGGUUGUUCCCAUCUGUGUCUGAUAAAAGCUGGCGGUCAGGGUUAUUCCUGUGAAUGUCCCGAUAACUUCAUGAUUGUACAGUUUGGCAAUACGGCACACUGCCUUCCGAUGUGCUCCAGCACCCAGUUCCUCUGUGCAGACACUGAGAGGUGCAUUCCUAUCUGGUGGAAAUGUGAUGGACAGAGGGACUGUCGAGAUGGCUCUGAUGAGCCCCCUACCUGUCCACACCGAUACUGCACUGUUGGUCAAUUCCAGUGUAAUGACGGGAACUGCACAAGUCCACAUUUCUUAUGUAAUACUCAGUCAGAUUGCCAUGACAGAUCAGAUGAAGAUCCUGUACUUUGUGCUAAUCAUCAGUGUGAAACUCAUCAGUGGCAAUGUGCCAAUAAACGAUGUAUCCCAGAAGCCUGGCAGUGUGAUAGAGAGGAUGACUGUGGUGACAACUCGGAUGAAGAUGUUACUCACUGUGCGAGUAGGACCUGUCCCCCAGGCCAAUUUAAAUGUGACAAUGGCCGCUGCAUCCCAGAAUUGUGGAAGUGUGAUGUGGAUGAUGAUUGUGGCGAUAACUCUGACGAGCCAUUCCAUGAAUGCAUGGGUCCUGCUUAUCGUUGUGACAAUCACACAGAAUUCAGCUGUAGAACCAGCUACCGUUGCAUACCGUUGUGGGCAGUGUGCAAUGGGAAUGACGACUGCAGAGACAACAGUGAUGAACAAGGCUGUGAGGAGAUGACUUGCAGUCCUUCUGGAGAUUUCCGUUGUGACAAUCAUCGGUGUAUCCCACUGCGCUGGAAGUGUGAUGGAGAUAAUGACUGUGGAGAUCAGUCUGAUGAGCACAACUGCAGUCCUCGUGAAUGCACAGAAAGUGAAUACCGUUGUGACAAUUUGCGCUGCAUUCCUUCCCACUGGGUCUGUGAUCACGAUGAUGACUGUGAAGACAAUUCAGAUGAACGCGAUUGUGAGCUGAGGACCUGCCACCCAGGUUAUUUCCAGUGUAAUAGUGGGCACUGCGUUGCAGAGCGCUUCAGAUGUGAUGGAAAUGCGGACUGCCUUGAUUUCUCUGAUGAAAUAACUUGUCCAACACGGUAUCCUAAUGGUACAUACUGUCCACCCAUGAUGUUUGAAUGUAAAAACCAUGUCUGUAUCCAGCCAUACUGGAAAUGUGAUGGUGAUAAUGACUGUGGAGAUGACUCUGAUGAAGAACUUCACCUUUGCUUGGAUAUUGCUUGUGAAUCUCCAUUCCGUUUCCGAUGUGAAAACAAUCGCUGUAUAUAUAGUCAUGAGCUGUGCAACCAGGAGGAUGAUUGUGGAGAUGGAAGUGAUGAGAAGGAGGAACACUGUAGAGAACCAACUCCAAGACCUUGUACAACUGAAGAAUUCAAGUGUAGUAAUGGAAAUUGUAUUCCUCUACAUUAUGUCUGUGACAAUUAUGAUGACUGUGGAGACCAUUUUGAUGAAAUGGGCUGCAAUCCUGGAACAGAACGAACUUGUGCAGAAAAUAUCUGUGAACAUAACUGUACCAACUUGAGUGAAGGAGGCUUUAUCUGUUCUUGUAGGCCCGGUUACAAGGCCAGUGAAAAUAACCGAAACUCCUGUGAUGAUAUUAAUGAAUGCGAGAUCUUUGGAACGUGCACCCAGGACUGCAAAAAUUCCAAAGGAAGCUAUGAAUGUUUUUGCGCAGAUGGCUUCAAGUCUGUAGGUGAUCAGCAAGGGAAACAGUGUGCAGCUAAUGGUAAUCCUCCAUUGUUGCUGCUGCCAGAUAAUGUGCGCAUUCGAAGAUACAAUAUCUCUUCAGAACAGUACUCUGACUACAUUGAUAACCAGGAGCGCAUCCAAGCUCUGGAUUAUGAUUGGGACCCUGAAGGGAUAGGGCUGAGUGUUGUAUACUUCAGCAUUCUGGCACAGGGUUCUCAGUUCGGAGCCAUUAAACGUGCUUAUCUGCCCACCUUUGACAGCAGUAGAAACAAUCCUACAAAAGAAGUUGACUUGAAUCUCAGAUAUGUAGUUAAUCCCGAUGGCUUAGCUGUUGACUGGGUUGGAAGGUGAGUGUACUGA